UCAAACUCCAAGGAGACCAUUAAGAAAACCGCACAAUAUAAGACCCUCUUUCCACGGCCGCACUCACUCUCUGAAGACACAUACCGAAAAUGGACAAAGUUCAGAUUGUCGACGUCGGAAUAUCCAGGAUCCAGGGCGACAGGGAUCACCAAGAGGACCGAUAUGUUGCGUUGAUGCCAGGCCAAGUGCCCUCGCGGAAGGAUUUGGCAAUAUUUGCGAUUUACGACGGCCAUGGGGGAGAUGAAACAGUCAACCAUAUGUAUCAAAACCUACUCAGACAUCUGGACACCCACCUACCCAACUUUCCAUCACCAUCAGCAGAAAGAUACAAGAUAGGUAUCCAAGGCGCUCUCACAGCAGAAGACCAGGAGCUCUCACUGCUCGACCUAAAAGGUGGUUCCACGGUCACACUCGUACUCAUUGACACCGCGCAAAACUUCCUCGUAGAAGCGAAUCUGGGCGACUCACAUGCCGUGUUUGCAGACUGUCCCGACAGUUUAGAGGAUGACUGGGAGUUCGCAAUCGUGAGUCGAGCGCACGAGCCUGAUGAACCGACAGAGAAGAAGAGAAUCGAAAAGGCGGGUGGUGAGGUUACGUAUAUCACAGGAAUCCCCCGAAUUGGUGCACUUUCCAUGUCCCGAGCCCUGGGCGAUCUGGACUACAAAUUACCACGGGUAAACAGACUCGCAGGACACGAUCUCUCUGACCUCGCUGGUGUCGAAACUGGACUCGCCCCGGGAAAGAGAGCCACUUCAAACCUCGUCUCCAUCCAGGCACAUUUCAGUGUACGCUACCUUACUGGAAAAUCCCUCAUCCUGUUGGCUUCCGAUGGCGUGGGCGAAGAGUCCGAUGCUUUAGAAGAGACAAAACUAGCAGUCGAGGCGCUAAAGAGCAAAACAUGCGCGAAAGAGAUUGCGGAGCGUGCUACAGAGCGGGCAAUAGUCAAGCCGGCUGCAGAUAACUGCACGGUGGUGGUUGUAGCGCUCGAUACGGAUGGAGAUGCGAUGAAUGGGAGGAUUCGUGUGAGGGAAGACAGCAUGGACAGUUUGUCGGCUGGAACACUAGAAAAGAAGAGGUCACGUAGGCGGUCGUCGAUAAGCUACGUUAAGGGCUCGCUCAACUUUCUGAGAAGCUGAGAAUGUUGUGCAGACAGGGGAGUCUGGAGUCUAAAGGGAACCAUACAAGCGCGGAACCAAGAUUGGAAAGGGUUUGGAUGUCGACGAGGCCUAUAUUUUGCGCUCUACCGAACGAUUUCAUACUUGAUUCCAUCGGCAAGCACAUAUUUCAAAAUAGCAGUGGGAGGUUUCUUUGUCUUAGUUGAUAUCCUGGGGUAUUUGGUACACUCAUCUCAUAUAUCUCAAUGCUAAUCCUUCCUCAC